UCUUUAGAUUAAUUAAGUAACUAUUUUGCGUCAAUAGCUUACAACUGUUCUAGAACCAAUGAAGGUAAUCAUCAUCAUCGCUUCGGUCUGCGGGUUUCUCUUCCUGAUCCUCGCUGUCGCCAUCGUCGUUUUGAUCGUACGAGUUUAUCGCAAAAGACAGCUGUGUUCGUCGUCAUCAUUUUCUGAUUCUAUUUCCGAAAAGGACAUGGAGUGGAAGGAUUACGGACUCGCCUUCGCCCCGUACAUGGGCUAUUCGGAUUGGAGAGAACAUGCCGUCGGCUUCGGAUUCGACCACGCCCAACCAGGGUCAUGGGCUGGGAUACCACGUGUCAGAAACCUCGAUGCGGGACUAGCUGAGCAACGUAGUAUUGGACCUUGGUCAGUCGUCACGUGGGAUACUGACCGUCGGUCUGAAAGAAAAACAUAAGGCAUUGCCUAAUGUAUCCGAACACUGUGAGUGCUGUUAGUCCUCUAAUUUUCAAACUAUUU